GCAUUUCUAGGGCUUUUGUGAGGUUAGGGUUCUUGAGGGGGAGAUAUGGGAUGUAGAGCGAGCAGGCCGAUCAGGAGUGGCAGCCACAGGGAAAGGAAGGAGGAUCUUGCUCCAUGCAACACCAAAUGGAUCGGCUACGUCUCCAACAGCCCGAAUUUCUCCUGCGCGGAGCAAGAACGAAGGCUGCGGCGAGCAAAUCUCGAGCCAGUGAGAGAUGAGGAAGACGAGGAAGAUUGCGAUGGAUUCCAGUUUGCGAUUGCCGGAGGAGAAUCUCCUUGCUCCUCCUCGUCACUCAUUCCAGGAUUGCCCGACGACGUUGCCCGCCUCUGCCUCAUGCGCUUGCCGUGCGUGAAAUAUUCCUUCUCCUACAGGCUCGUGAGCAAAUCCUGGCGAUCACUCCUCUCCUCGCCAGAUUUCUACUCGGAGCGCCAGCAUUUGCCAAGAAUCCAGCACCAAGCCAGCGUCUGCGUCGUGAUCCACGGCAAUCGCGUCAGGGUUUUCGACACCGUCACUUGCCAGUGGUUCUCCCUCCCACCGCUGCCUCACAGCAUCGACGACGAAGAUCCAGACCUUGGAAUCCGCAUCGAUCCAUACGACUGGUGGCGGAUCGACACGGUCGCCGUGGCCGAUGGAAAUCUCUUCGUCAUCGGCGGGGAGGAGAGCCGGAUCCCAUCCAGCCGCGUCCACAGGUAUGAUUUCUGCCACUGCCGCUGGGAGGAGAUGGCGCCCAUGGGAAUCGCUCGAUCCCACUCCGCUGCGGUGACAGUAGGGGGCCGCGUCUACGUCGCUGGCGGCACGUCCGCCGAGGUGUUCGUCCCCAGCGAGAACUCCUGGACAACCAUCUCUGGGCUCAAGCGCGCCAUGAGAUCAUGCGUGGGGAUCGAGCACCAAGGCAAGGUGUUCGUCAAGGGAGAGAAUUGCCAAGGAGCUGGAUCGCCCAUCGAGGCACAGGUCUAUGAUCCCAGCGGCGACGAGUGGAACCGGAUGGUGCCAAAGCUCAAGGCCGGAUUGACGCGAGGCCCGGUUGCUUCGUCCGGGGCGGCGAUCUUCGUGGCGGACUGGAAGGAUCUCCAGCUCAAGGCUUUCAAUCCGGAGCUCGAGAGCUGGGACGUGGUCGGGCAGCUCCCGGCAAGGCUUAGCCGGCUCGUCGGCCAUGGAGCACAGCUCUAUGGAUUCACUGGGAAGAUCAAGGUAGACUCUGUGAAUCACCGCGUUAUCUCUGGAGCUCCCACCGAGGUCUGGAAGCUCGACAUUGGAAGAAGAGGGAUUAGAAACCAUCACCCACUGGUGCUCCAGUGGGAAUGCAUUUGGCGAGGCGCCAAAAACAGCACGAAAGUUGGCGGUCUUACUUGGGCGCCUUCCAGUGCUCACUGUGCUCUUCUCGAGGACUAAGACGAAGCAAGGAAAAAAGAAUCACUCUGGUGGUGGUGCUACUAUGACGCCGCUGGGUUGAUCACUUUGGGCUUGGGCUUCACCUCAGCUUCGUUGAUACUGCGCACAAAGAUUGCAUCUGGUUCGUGCCUGCGAGGGGAGAUUCACGAUUGUGUAGCUCGACGCAAUCGCCAAGAGCCUUCCAUCGCGGCUAAACGAGAGCGCGGCUAUGCUUGUUGGGUAUCGCGAGUACUACAAAGACGGAUUUUUAUCAAAGGACGACUGGAAAGGAAGAGACGAACCUGAUAAAGCCUCUUCUUAUUGUUCCCGUCCCAUACGUUUACGUAUCCAUCGCAGCCUCCAGUUGCAAAGGUCCCAUAUCUAGCAAUUCAAUGGAAGAACGAACGAGCUUAGAAAACAAAA